AGUAUAUGACGUCGUGAACUUGCGGUCACCCUAUGGUUUUAGGCUUUCUUGACAACAGACUCGAAGGACAACAAUCGAAGGAAUCAACAAUUGAGAAUAUUUGGCUUUUUGACUCAAAAUGCCUCCAAAAAAGAAGAAGGGGAAGGGAAAAAAGAAAAAGAAGAAGGAUGAAAAGACUGAAUUGACGGUAGAGGACAAAUACAAAAGAACAAUUCAGGAAAUCGAAUGCUUAAGAGAUGAACUUGCUUCUAGAACUGAGAUAACACGAAGAGCAAAGGAUACGACUCUCAGGAUGAAGGAAAAGAUGCUGGAGGCACAGGAUACUGUUGAAGCAGAGAAACAGAACAAACUGGAUAUUUCUUCAGAUCUAACGAGACAGUACAAGACCAUGCAGUCUGAAAUGGCUCUUAGGAUACACAUGCUGGAACAGACUGUUACUAAGCUACGAGACAAUUUAGCCAAGUCUGAAGAGGAACUUCGUAGGACAAGAAAAGAAUUCGAAGACAUGAAGAAAGAAAAGGAUCAGACUAUCGCAGAGCUGAAAUUUAAGAUAGAGCACAUGGAAUCAGUUUAUGAAAGUAUUCUACAUGAUGCUUUUGAUAGAAUGUCUGCAAAAGUAGAAGACGCAAGAGGAAAAUGGCAGACACAGGCUUUAGAAACACAAGAAAAGAAUAAACAGUUAUUACUGGAGUUUGGACUCAACCCUUUAGAAAUUUAACCAAAACUAGACUGUAGAAAAUAUUCUUGCCUUUCAUCGAUAUUAACUAUGCUUUCAUCAAUCUAUAUUUAUUGGGUCCUUCAUG